GUUGGCUUUUGGUCUUGCAAAUCAACCUGGUUUUCUUUUGAAGUUUGAUCAAAACCAGAAAAGUAAUUGCAUCACGAUGUCUGCCAUGAACUCCAGUGUCUUGGCCUGUAACUAUGCCAGAUCAGGAUGCUCCGACCUCAAUGCCAAGCUCACCUCCAUGCCUUCUGUUGCAUCUCCACAGGCUUCGGCUCUCAAGUUGCCUGUGAUCAAGGCUCAUCAAGCAAAGGUUACGGAAUCUGAAUCAAACCAAGGAAGAAGAAGUUCCCUUGUCUACUUAGCAGCUACCCUUUUCACUGCUGCAGCAGCUGCUUCCAACUCUUCAGCCAAUGCAGGAAUAAUUGAAGAAUACCUUGAAAAGAGCAAGACCAACAAGGAACUUAAUGACAAGAAAAGGUUAGCCACCACUGGAGCCAACUUUGCAAGAGCAUACACUGUGGAAUUUGGCACUUGCAAGUUCCCUGAGAACUUCACCGGUUGCCAAGAUCUAGCUAAGCAAAAGAAAGUGCCUUUUCUUUCUGAUGAUUUGGAGCUAGAAUGUGAAGGAAAGGACAAAUACAAGUGUGGUUCUAAUGUUUUCUGGAAAUGGUGAAAUGGACAACAUUUUCCCGUGUCAAGCUUCUCCUUGACAAUGCCCCAUAAUUUUCUGUAUUAUUCUUAAUAUUAUCAUUGCUGCAGUUUAUGAUAAUCUCUGUUUGUUGUAAAAAUAUUAGAAACUAAAUCUUACUCGCCUCUUUCGUUUACAUGAA